GUGAACCUGGAUGGACAACUCGAUAGUGCGGUGUGCAGGAUGAGACAUACUAUAGUAGUAGUAGUAUAAAAGAAUACAUGCGUACUUAACGGUCGUGUAGGGUUGGUUAAAGCUAGCUGACAAGAGAGAAUUACAAUAGGAACAAUAACAAUGACAUAAGUAUGACACUGGCCCCUUCAGAGGGAAGAGGGUGUAUCGUGUCGUAUCAUCUUGAAAGAAAAAAGCAUAAUAAAUAACACCACCCCCGCAACUACGUUUCGCUCAUUCAUUCACUCUGCACCCCCCCGCAAAUUAGGCGAGAUCCUACAGGCAGGCAGCGGCAUUUCGCUGCUGCGGCUGUGGCCAUCCCUCCGCUGCACGCCCUUUGCAAUUCUCCCCUCCCUCCCGCCGCGGCUGUUUAUACCUCAGAUCAGAUUGAGUUGCAGGGUUUGCCUCGCCGGACAAUCACGAUGGGUGCCGGAGGCCGAAUAUCAGUCGUGGCCGGCGGCAAGAAAGCAGCCCGGCCGCCGCGGGUUCCUCACUCAAAGCCUCCGUUCACGCUGGGCGAGGUGAAGAAGGCCAUCCCACCCCACUGCUUCCAGCGGUCCCUGCGCCGCUCAUUCUCCUACGUGGCGUGCGACCUCGCCGUGGCCUCUGCCUUGUACUAUGCGGCCACCACCACCACUCGGUUCCAUCUCCUGGCCUGGCCGCUCUACUGGAUCUGCCAGGGCUGCGUGCUCACCGGCGUCUGGGUGAUCGCGCACGAGUGCGGCCACCAUGCCUUCAGCGACUACCCCUGGGUGGACGACGCCGUCGGCCUCAUCCUGCACUCCGCUCUCCUCGUGCCCUACUUCUCCUGGAAGUACAGCCACCGCCGCCACCAUUCCAACGCCGGCUCGCUGGACCGCGACGAGGUGUUCGUGCCCAGGGUGAAGUCCAGCCUCCGGUGGCACGCCAAGUACAUGAACAACGCCGCGGGGAGGAUGGCGACGCUCCUCCUCCAGCUCGCCCUAGGCUGGCCUCUCUACCUGGCCUUCAAUGCCUCCGGCAGGCCCUACGGCCGGUUCGCCAGCCACUACCACCCCGGCAGCCCCAUCUUCUCCGACCGGGAGCGCCUCCAGAUCCUGGCGUCGGAUGCCGGGGUGGCGGCGGUGGGGUACGGCCUCUACCGGGCUGCGGUCUCGAGGGGGGUGGGGUGGGUGGCGCGCGUGUACGGGGGCCCGCUGGUGGUGGUGAACGGUUUCCUGGUGCUGAUCACGUACCUGCAGCACACCCACCCGUCGCUGCCGCACUACGACUCGUCGGAGUGGGAGUGGCUGCGGGGGGCGAUGGCGACGGUGGACAGGGACUACGGGGUGCUGAACGGGGUGUUCCACCACAUCACGGACAGCCACGUGGCGCACCACCUGUUCUCGACGAUGCCGCACUACCACGCCAGGGAGGCGACGGAGGCGAUCAAGCCGGUGCUGGGGGAGUACUACCGGUUCGACGGGACGCCCGUGUACAAGGCGGUGUGGAGGGAGGCCAGGGAGUGCAUCUACGUGGAGGCGGCGGAGGAGGAGGGGGGCGCCGGCGUCUUCUGGUACAACAACCGCCUUUAGUUCGUUCGUUCGUUCGUUACGACUGACUAUAUGCAAAUUAAUUAAUUCGGACUGCUGUGUGUAUAUAUAUAUAUAUAUGAGAAUGAUGAAUAUGAAGAAGUACACCCGCACGCCAACAGAUACGAGAAUAUGAAUAAAUAUUCAUUCCUUGGUAAUGGGAGAAUAUAUAU